AACAACAUCUUCAUGCGCUUCUAUGGCGUGAGCUCCUUGGCCAUCGACUGGCUCUCCAUGAGCUACAUGCUCACCUACAUCCCGCUGCUCUUCCCCAUUGCCUGGCUGCUGGACAAGAGGGGCCUGCGCAUCAUCGCCCUCACCGGCUCAGCCCUCAACGCCGUGGGUGCCUGGGUGAAGCUGGGCAGCCUGAAGCCUCACCUCUUCCCUGUCACCGUCCUGGGGCAGGUCAUCUGCUCCUUGUCCCAGGUCUUCAUCCUGGGCAUGCCCUCCCACAUCGCCUCUGUCUGGUUUGGCUCCCAUGAGGUGUCCACUGCCUGCUCCAUCGCUGUCUUUGGGAACCAGCUCGGCAUCGCUGUGGGCUUUCUGGUCCCUCCGGUUCUGGUUCCCAAUGUGGAGGAUGUGGAAGAGCUGGCCUACCACAUCAGUAUCAUGUUCUUCAUGACUGCAGGCGUGGCAACAGCCCUAUUCAUCCUGGUCGUCAUAGUCUUCAAGGAGAAGCCCCUGCACCCUCCGAGCCGAGCUCAGGCCUUGAUCCUGUCAAGACCAACAGAAGAGUAUUCCUACGUGCAAUCAAUCCUUCGUCUGCUCCGCAAUGCCAACUUUUUGCUGCUUAUGGUCACUUAUGGUCUGAAUGCAGGUUGUUUCUACGCCCUGUCCUACCGCAUGGUGAUCCAGCUCUAUCCAGGGGAGGAGGUGAAUGCUGGCAGGAUUGGACUCACCAUUAUACUGUCGGGGAUGGUUGGGGCUUUGAUCUCCGGCAUCUGGUUGGACAGAACUAAAACCUACAAGCAGACUACACUAGUUGUCUAUAUCAUGUCUCUGGUGGGAAUGAUAGCCUACACCUUCACUCUGAGCCUAGGUCACCUCUGGGUGGUCUUUGUGACUGCAGGUGUGCUGGGGUUUUUCAUGACAGGAUACCUUCCCUUGGGCUUUGAGUUUGCUGCAGAGUUGACAUACCCAGAAUCAGAAGGAACAUCGUCAGGGCUCCUCAAUGUCUCAGCACAGAUUUUUGGUAUUGCCUUCACCAUCAGCCAAGGGCAAAUCAUGGAUCACUUUAGCACAAAGGCAGGAAACCUCUUUCUUUGUUCCUUCCUGUUCCUGGGGACAGUUAUGACAGCAUUCAUUAAGGCUGAUCUCCGAAGACAGCAGGCCAAUUUGGAUAACGAACAGACCAGACUCCAAGACAGCAAUCAGAUCAUG